AUCUGUGCGAGUAGAGACGAUCUUUGUCUGCAGGUUGAAAAGUUUUAGCAGAAUCAGAAUCAGUCAGAGGAUCAUCUGAGCGACAACAUGAAGGAUCAGAACUUUAACGACGACGUGACAAAGAUUCUGGACGAAGCUCCGAACGCCAGGAAAGCUCUGAUGGAGAAUUAUGACAAUCUCCUGAAGGUGGCGCAAUACUGUCACGACAACUACCUGGAGUCAGGUGACGGCAGCAUGGCGGCGCUGGAGGAAACCAAAACCUUCACCACCCAAUCACUGGCCAGCAUUGCCUACCAGAUCAGCACACUGGCCUGUAGCGUCCUGAGUCUGUUCGACGCUCAGACCAAUCAGCUCUGUCACAUGGAGUCAUCCAUCAACCACAUUGGUCAGACCGUCGAGAUGCACAAAGAGAAAGUUUCCAGGAGAGAAGUCGGCGUUUACACGUCGGUGAGACGCGUCCAACGCAGCCACAAGAUCCUCCCCCCGAAGCCUGUACAGCCCCGCCCACUUUACAGCCGCCAACCAAUCAACUACCAGCAGCUGGACGGCCUGGGACACAGCAUGAAGGUCUCUGGGAAGCAGGCGGACAGAACAGGAACGAUCCACAAACACGGCGCCUCCAUCAGGUCUAACAAACCUCCAGAGCCGGUGCAGUGCCCGGUGGCGCCCCCUGUCGUCAGCUCCAGUUUCGGGAAACCUGUAGCUCCGCCCGCCAUCCCCACCACCUGGACCGCUGCACCUGAGGGUGACAUCAUCACGACACUUCUGGAUGAGGCCCCGCCCCCAACUCCUCCUCCUACAACAAAUGAGGUGUUGUCUCAGGAUGUCUCGCCCCCUGCGCCUGCUUCAUCAGGGGACAUGGCGUCCCCGCCCCCUCCACCUCCUUUGCCUCCCUCUCAUUCAGAGGCUCUGACCAAUCAGAGCAGUCCAUCGCAAGGCCCGCCUCUAACCCUUGAGACAGUGGUGGAGGAGAACAGCUUCCCCCCUCCCUCCCCUCCCCCUCCUCCUUCUGACGAUGACAGCUUCCUCCUGCUAUCCAAUGACGUCUCAGAGCUGCCAACCCCGCCCCCUCCACCGGCACCUAGCCAGGAAGUAGACGUGACCCUCCCCUCCAGGAGGAGUCGCCGACGCUCGCCCCCUGCAACUCGCUCUCUCUCUCUUCGGGUCCGCUCAGGCCCCGCCUCCCGCUGCCACUACACACGCUCUCUCUUCCUACCUGCUACCCAAUCAUUGAUGAUCCCCCCUCCUCCCCCGUACCCUCCCCCCUGUCCUCCUCCCCCCUCCUCCUCCUCCCUCCCCCUGCUGCCCCGCCCCUCUUCCGCUUCCUCGCCUCGGCUCUGCUUACCUGCACGUCUCCAACACCUGGAUCUGGAGAUCCCAGCCCCCCCACCUCCUCUCCUAUUGGAUGAUGAGAGUGGCCUUGAGGACAUCAUGCCACCCCUCCCUCCACCAGUGGAUUUAGACUCUAACGCCCCCCCACAUUACCUGGAAAAAGUGGUGGUGCUGUACAGCUAUGAGGCUACGAAACCCGAUGACCUGCACCUCACUGAGGGUGAAACCAUCUACCUGACGCAUCGCCAUGACGACGGCUGGUGUGAGGGAUUCCUUAACGGAAACAAAGGCUUCUUUCCAGAGAGCUACGUUCAAUUACAUAGCUAAAUUGAAGCCCUGCCUCCUCUCGUUUGUCAUGGAGACAAAAAUCUGUGUUAGGACAUCAUGUUAAUUGUGUUAAUGCAAAAAUAUUAAUACAUAACUUGCACAUUCAGCAAUAUAUUUAGAGCCGUUUUACUGAUGAUUAUUGAAAGAAUGAAAGUUCAGGUGAAUGAUCAUAUUUAAUCUUUUAAUCAUUGAAGACUUUGUCAGUAGCAUGAAAACACAGUGAGGAAGAAGAUGGUGAGGUCAUUUAUAGAUGAAAACACUGUGUAUUAUUCAUAGUAUUUCAUUAUUUGUUAUAUGAUCAUAUGUAAAACCAUGAAAUGAAAAUGAACUGAUUCCCUGAGAUGAAUAAAAUCAUUUCAUUUCUUGUAAUGUCA